AGCAACCUUUUGUAGCUACAGACUGGACAGCUCCACCCCUUCACCUCGGCAUUUAUAAUACCAAAUCUGCCAGGCGAGAGACAUGUCUAGAUUGCACCAGUCUGAUCGCUCCGGCUGUACGCAUGAUCUGCCAUGGACGUAUAUGCAUACCGUCCCCAGCUCGCUGGCGAGCUGAUUGGCCAUUAUACGCUCGAACGCUACGCCAGCCGCGGCGACAGCUACACCAGAAAAGGCUAGAAAAACUCGAUUAUUCGCAAGCCAUGUCAGCAUGCCGUCGCAUCGCUCCUCUUCCCAUUCGCAUCCUCGGACUCACAAGCGGGGGCGGGCAGGUGUCGGGUGUCAGGUCCACGUACAAGUCUAUUGUGGCUGCUUACCCCAGAUUGUCGUCCGCCUGCCGAGAACCCCGCGCGAGUCCAGGCAGGGUGCUUGGUAUAAGCCUAAACCGAACUCAAUUCCUGAGGAGAGCUGUCCGGUCGGCAACAGAAUAUAUUCGUGCGCGGGAUGUUGUGCCAUCACAGACAGAGAUGCUCAUGUUGCUGUCUUGCAGGGAACUCAACCAACCAACUUGCAGCUGCGCACGCAAAUGAUAGAAAGCCGGGGCUGCUAGGGAGAUUAUGUAUACAUAUAUAUAGAGAGAG